AUGGAACAACAGGACUCGGAGGAGGACCAAUUUUACAAAGUGCUUCAGGAAAACUUGCGUUAUGUAUUUACAAGUCCUAUGUCUACAACGCAAGUUUUUCCAACACCUUAUUCUCAGCUCCAGCAGGCAAAGAGGGAUAUGAAGCUAUCUUCUGUGGGCGCGGGUCUGUCCAUAGACGAUACAAAUGAUUCAUCUUCGGUUGAAAAUAGUAUGCUCCCACUGCAGGGUUCAGUGCACGGGAAUGGUGGAUCUGGAGCAGCAUUAGGAAAAUCAGCAACAGGAAGUGCUGGCGAUGGUGUACAUACCGCUAGUGGAUUGAAAGGCGGGAGACUAAAGUCUUUGAUUGAUGUGAAUACACAGCCAUCAAUGGUUUUCAACUACGAAAAUUUUCCGAACGAGAUUUUUCUGGAUCUAUCUGACCAGUUUAAAGAGUUCCGUGAAUACUUACAGGACUCGCCUGCGAGUAUCAAUUGGCAGGCGAAAACUCCUGCGAAGACCCCGCUAAAAUUUUUGCAGUACCAGCAGCAGUACCAGCAUGCACAGCAGCACACGCCUUUGCAAAACCUUGAUAUUAACAACAUGUUUAAUUCUGCAGGGCGGUCGACGCUUUCUCCAACCAAGCGACUAUAUUCCUUGACACCGUAUAACAGGAAGUUGGUUGGCGACGGAGAUACGCCAUUUGGACGUAUAUUACCAACUUCGUCUACCUCGAAUAACGCAUUGGCCGAUUUUCAGAAGGCACGCAAGGAGGAAAAUCCCUUGGUUAAGACACCAGUGACUAAAAGAGCAAGACAGCUAAAUAACAGAAAGCCUGAGAAUUUCAAUGCAGCCCUCUCAGGCUCGUUUGUAUCUUCACUAGCCUCUAGAGGGGCAUACGCAGUUAAUGCUGCUCCAGUCGUGUCUGAUUCUGCCCUUGCACGAGAUGUUGUGGGAAAUCCUCCAGAUCUCCACCAUGGCCAACAUGCCGACCAUGACGAGCAGGAUUAUGGAUCAUCGCCAACUACCAUUCCAUUGGCGUCAUCGGUCACCAAGUCUGCUAGGAACACCGCUACUCGCUCUCCAGUAAGCGGGCAGGAGAAUCCACCCAUACUUGACAAUCGCGUGUUCGAUGUUGCUGCAUCCCCAACACCUAAGCUCAAGAAAUCACCGCCACCUGGGGAGCUGUCCCUUCGUGUACCGGAGUUGCCGAAGCUCGGGUCCUUCAAAGGCGUUAGUGCUAGGCCACAGCUGAUACCAGCGACCUCGCGAUCCAAGUUACGAGAUAAUGCCACAGCAUUAAACUCCAACGUUUCUAUGCAUACUAUUGGGGCGAAUAGAACGAAAUCUGGGAACAGUGUGAAAGCUGCAUCUUCUGUUACUGCUGUCAACAAAUUUCCUCCGAAAAACAAGGGGAAAACGAAAUCAGGCCAGCCACAACAAUCCAAGUUUCAAUUUGUAAUGACAAACACAAAUUCCUUCUCCAUGAAUAACGACGGUGCUGCCUCCAAUAAACGUAAACUGAAGAGAUCACAAUCUACCCUGAUUUCUUUCGAACAGCAUAACUCUAAGAGUAGUAACUCUCCAACUGACACUAUUUCGAAAGUUAGCACAACUACAACCACAUCUACGAGUAAAAGAAGAAAGAAGAACUUCUCUUCAUCUCAAUGA